AUGGAGAAGGGGGAGGCAUGUGGUAUUUUGCAAUAUUUUGAAUACAAGCAAUUACAGGAUCCAUCAUUUGUCUAUGCAAUACAACUUGACCAAGCUAAGCUAGUUACAAAUUUGUUUUGGGCAGCUGCACAAAUGAUAGUGGAUUAUGCUCAUUUUGGUGAUAUGAAUGCUGCAAAACACCUUAGCGGUGUAUUUGAAAAGUUCAAAUCAUUUUCGCAAGACUUUAGAGGUUGUGUGUAUGAUUAUGAUGAUGUUGAUGAAUUUGAAAAUGCAUGGAAAAACAUGAUUAAUAAAUACACACUUCAAGAGAAUGAAUGGUUGCAAAGAUUGUUCCUUCGACACUUCGAGAGGGUAGUUUCUGAUAGGAGAUAUGAAGAGUUGAAAGCCGAAUUUGCAGCAACACAAAGCAUUCCAUUCAUCGCAACAAAUAUGGCAAUUUUAGAUUUUGCUUCUCGUGUGUAUACCCCACCAAUUUUUUCCAUGUUCCAAUAUGAGGUAUUGCAACAAUUAAAUUAUAAGAUUGAAGAAGAUUGUGUUGUGUUUGAAAUAACAACUAAAUAUACAGUUGGCUUGUAUGGUGUGAAUCGUCGAUACAAGGUGACUUUUGAUUCAAGUAACAAUUCAGUCAAUUGCAGCUAUAAGAACUUCAAGUUUGUUGGAUUCUUGUGCAAACAUGCUUUGAAAAUACUUGAUUAUAGACGGGUGAAAGUCUUGCCCUCGUGCCAUGUUUUGAGAAGGUGA